GUCAUUUUCUCUUCGUCUCGAAACCCGGUGAAAAUUUUUGUUUAUCAUCUCAUAAAUCUGGUGUAAUCAUCCCAUCCGGAGGAAAAUCCUUGAAAUAUCUUUAAUCCCAUUUAACUCUCGCUCUCUUGAGCCAAAAUCCUUUGUGACAAUGCGGGAAAUAGUGCACAUUCAGGCUGGCCAAUGCGGAAAUCAGAUCGGCGCCAAGUUCUGGGAGGUGAUUUCUGAUGAGCACGGAAUCGAUCCCACGGGAAAAUAUCGUGGAGACUCAAGCAUGCAAAUAGAGCGAAUCAACGUUUACUACAACGAAGCAUACGAGGGAAAAUACGUGCCCCGAGCGAUUCUGGUGGACCUAGAGCCCGGGACAAUGGACUCCGUACGAUCGGGUCCCUACGGGCAACUAUUUCGCCCCGACAACUUUGUAUUCGGCCAGUCAGGGGCCGGCAACAACUGGGCGAAGGGCCACUACACCGAGGGCGCCGAACUCACCGAUGCUGUCCUGGAAGUGGUGAGACGGGAGGCCGAGAACUGCGAUCGCCUCCAGGGCUUUCAGCUGACCCACUCGUUAGGGGGUGGAACGGGCUCAGGAAUGGGAACGCUCCUGGUAUCCAAGAUCAGAGAGGAGUAUCCGGACAGAUUGAUGUCGACAUUCUCAGUGGUGCCGUCACCAAAAGUCUCGGAUACUGUUGUGGAGCCCUACAAUGCCAUCCUCUCCUGUCAUCAGCUAGUGGAAAAUACCGAUCAGACUUAUUGCAUUGACAACGAGGCCCUCUACGACAUCUGCUUCCGCACCCUAAAGCUCCCAACCCCCUCCUACGGUGACCUGAAUCACCUCAUCUCCCUCACAAUGUCCGGUGUCACCACGUGCCUGAGAUUUCCCGGACAACUCAACGCCGAUCUCCGUAAAUUGGCAGUCAAUAUGGUGCCAUUUCCUCGUCUCCACUUCUUCAUAACCGGCUUUGCACCACUGACGUCACGCUGUUGCCAGCAGUACAGGACCCUCUCUGUACCGGAGCUCACGCAGCAGAUGUUUGACUCGAAGAACAUGAUGGCAGCUUGUGAUCCGAAACAUGGAAAAUACAUGACAGUCGCUGCCGUUUUCCGGGGGAAGAUGUCGGUGAAGGAGAUUGACGAGCAGAUGCUCAAUGUUCAGAAUAAAAAUGGUCCUUAUUUCUGCGAGUGGAUUCCCAACAAUGUGAAAACCGCAUCCUGCGAUAUUCCCCCCAGGGGUUUGCAAAUGUCAGCGACUUUCAUCGGAAAUUCUACGGCUAUUCAUGAACUCUUCAGGAGAAUUUACGAUCAAUUCACUGCUAUGUUCAGGAGAAAGGCUUUCCUCCACUGGUACACUGGUGAGGGGAUGGACGAAAUGGAGUUCACGGAGGCUGAGACCAACAUGGGGGAUCUCAUUUCUGAUUAUCAACAGUAUCAGUGGAACAGUAUCAUCGAUAGUAAUUAUGAGGAUGACGAUUGAGGAAGCUCAGCGGAUAAACUUGUGGGGACAAUUGCAACGGUGAUGGGGUUUCUUUGAGACAAUUUUACUGGGGAUUAAAUUUAUUGUUUUAGCAGAAGUGGUGCAGUUAUUUAUCGCUGAGAAUUCUCGAGAAGAAUAAAAAUUUAUGUGAAUUCCCGCACCUUUACUACACCUGUUUCAUAUUCAUGUAUUUAAUUAUUGGCUUUGUAAACGAUUUUACACGUCUUUUUAAUCGAUUGAUUCCCAUAUUUCAUUCUGAGUUCUCUUUCUAAUGAAUGAAUUAACGAGAUGAAUGACAUUAAUUCAAAUGCACAUGUGAUUUAAUUAGACAUCUACUACGAUUUUGAUAAAAUGCAAUCGGUUGUCUCAUUUUCCUUUUCUUCGUCGAUUUUUUUAUAGAAUUUCACAACUCCAACGAUUCGCUAAAUUCAGGAAAAUUUUCCAAAUGUCUUUCGCAUGUUUCUAUGGCGAGCAAAAUAAAAAUUCUCUCAAAUUUUAGCCAUCACC